GUCACCUCUUCUUCCCUUCUCCCCUCUUCCUCCGUCUUCUCGUCUCACCCUCCCUCAGUAGUCGAUUCACCCCAAGAGUACUGUGUGUACCCUUUCGUCCUACCUAUCCCAACAUAAUCUCUCUCCGUUUCACACCUCUUUCUCACACAAUGGCCUCCGCUGCUCGCUCGGCCUCUCGGGCCUUCCUUCGCUCGACCCCUGCCACCUCGGCUUUCAGACCCGCUGCUCGCAGCGCUCGUUAUGCUCUUCCCUCCCAGGGUUUCCGCACCGCUUCUCGCCGCGGCUACGCCUCCGAGGCUGGCUCCAGCAAGUCCUCUAACGGCCUUCUGUGGGCUGGUGUUGCUGCUGCUGGUGCCGCUGGUGCUUUCUUCUUCUUCCAAAGCGGUGAUUCUUCCGUGAGCUCCAAGGCCUUUGUCCCCACCCAGGCGGACUACCAGAAGGUGUACGAUGCGAUUGCCAAGAAGCUGGUGGACGAAACCGACUAUGAUGAUGGCAGCUACGGCCCCGUCCUUGUCCGCCUGGCCUGGCACGCAAGUGGCACCUAUGACAAGGAGACCGGCACUGGUGGUAGCAACGGUGCUACCAUGCGCUUCGCUCCCGAGUCCGAUCACGGUGCCAACGCCGGCCUGAAGCACGCCAGAGAUUUCCUCGAGCCCAUCAAGCAGCAGUUCCCCUGGAUCACCUACUCUGACCUGUGGACCCUGGCCGGUUCUGCCGCCAUCCAGGAGUGCGGUGGCCCUGCCAUCCCCUGGAGACCCGGCCGUCAGGACCGGGACGUCGCCGCCUGCACUCCCGACGGCCGUCUCCCCGACGCCUCCAAGGACCAGAGACACGUCCGUGACAUCUUCUACCGCAUGGGCUUCAACGAUCAGGAGAUCGUGGCCCUGAUCGGUGCCCACGCCCUGGGUCGCGCUCACACCGACCGCUCCGGCUUCGACGGUCCCUGGGACUUCAGCCCUACUGUCUUCACCAACGACUUCUUCAAGCUCCUGCUCGACGAGAAGUGGCAGCAGCGGAAGUGGAACGGCCCCGUUCAGUUCACCGACAAGACCACCAAGACCCUGAUGAUGCUCCCCACCGACCUUGCCAUGAUCAAGGACAAGGAGUUCCGCAAGCACGUCGAGCGUUACGCCAAGGACAACGAUGUCUUCUUCAAGGAGUUCACCGACGUGUACGUCAAGCUCCUCGAGCUGGGUGUUCCCUUCACCAGCAAGGCCGAGGACCGCUACGUCUUCAAGACCUUCGAGGCGUAGAUCAGGUGCAAGGUGUGUGAAUAAUGUUUGGGUUUCCUUUUGGCAUAAUCAGUUCGCGGGGCAUUGCGUUUCUUGACUUGUUUCGACAUUUUGAUAUCCGAUAUAUGCGUAAACGGUCCGCUCUUCGACGGCCGUGGCCCUUCUGUGCGGCUUUGUUCUCGGCUUGUCUGCCAUU